AUGAAACAUCGCGAGCUAUCGGAGCGAGCGGUAAAAACGGGCGCAACACUUGCGGCGUCGAAAUUAUUCGACGGCGAAGGGCAAUUAAGCGGGCUCACGCCGACCCGAUUGUGCGGGCGCGUCCGUCGCCCGGCGACGCUAUUGUCCGCCGAAACCGUCGACGAAAAAACGAGGAGACCGACCGGCCGGUGCAAAUUAAAUUGUUUUAAUUGCCCCGCGGCCGAUCGGGAACCAGCCGCCCGCGCGUCGUGUCAGCUCGAGCGGAUCCCGCGGCGAUGCGUCCGCCUUCCAAUAUCAAAGAGCCCGGUCCGUCGCAGCGAAUGCGAUUUCAAUUUUAUAAGGGCGGCGGUGACGCGAGGCGGCGCGGCGGCGUCGCGGAGUCGUGUGCAUGUAUUUAUUUGCGCAUACCGAGUAGCUUUCAAUAUGCCGGGGCGGCUGGCUCGCCUGUCGAUCUUCGCCAAUAUCGCAUUCAGGGUGUCAGGCGACCAUUCAACGCCGGUGGAGAUUGACUCGCGCGCCCUCCUCGGUGGCGACGGAAUACGUAACAAAGGCGAUAGAAUUUAUCUGAUGUCAGUUUCCAUGGAGCUACCGGUU